UGUUCCCAUUUGCUGCAUCAUUUUUAUUUCCCGAGCGAGAACGAGGAGAGAGAGUUUUUCAUGCAGAUGCACAACUUUAGUACGUGAUCUUUGUUUUUCGUAUAUUUUCAGUGAGUAUCUUUCUAGGCAAGAACGUGUGUGUAAAACCAGUUACUGGUGUCGAAGACCAAAUAAGAAAAUGUACCGCGUUUCGCAGAGGUUGCUCUCAACGCCAGCGAAUCUCCAUGUUAUCAAGUCGGCGGCGCAGUAUGAAGCCUUAAAGCUGAAGAGUAGAGCAUUGGUUGGGUACUUCACGGCAGGGUUCAGCACACCAUCAAAGUUGUACGAGUCACAAUUUUCCGAUUUUGCAGCAUCAAAUCCGCAACACACAUUUUUUACAUGUGAUAUUGACGAGGCGCCGACGGUAAAGUUUAUGCCCUUUAUUUCUUGCAGCCUUGAAUUAAGUACUUUCUUUGUUCCUGUGUUCAGUGUUGUGUUUAUUAAUGGAGGAAAAUUUACCCAAAGUCUAAAAAUAGCACUGCGAAAAUACUCCACACCCGGAAGAGAAGUCUUUUUCGGACCGACUGCGAAAGUACUUCACACUCGGAAGAGAAGUCCCAUUCAUCCGAGAAAAAAAUCCGAAAAAUCAUCUUCACCAAAACCAGGUCGCCUACGACUGUGAAGUAUCAGACGUCCCGUCAGUAUCAGUCUUGCCGCUUGGCUCCAAGCCAGAUGGCUCUAUCUUCGACAAGAGUGAUAUGGUUACAAUCAAAGCAGACGAAACGCUUGAUUAUGGAAAUGUAUUUUGUCACUUCUUGGAUGUUGAUUGGACCAGAAAUGGUAGCACUGAAUUUUUUCACCAGUAGUUCUUGUUCUUCAACUACAAGUAGUUGUCUUGUAUUUUUUAUAGAUUUAGGAUCUUGUUGGUCUUUUUUCCAAAAUAACAGGUUGUAAGCCGAGGAAAGCAGGCGCUUGACAGUAUGCCAUUAUCGGGUGAGGAUAGUGCGCCAAGAAAGCCAUGGCGCUUUGAUCCUGCGACAGGCACGACAGUGCCUCCACUUGCUUCAUAAUCCACCCACCGUAACAAUAGCACUGAAAAAUGGUGAUGUUGGAUUUUUCAGCAACACUGAAAUCACCUCUCGUUCGUGAGAAAGAAUUCUUAAUAUUCACUUCGAAUGACCGAAGUAGAUGUAGAAGAAAGUUUUCUCCUCUACUGGUGGCGACGACCGGG